CCGUUACCUACCGCGUAUCGGUUUAUUUAUACCGAGUCCGGGCAGUCGUAUUCGUAAGCUCGCGAACUCUCUCUGGCCGGUGCCGACUCGCGGACAACAGAACAGAAACAAAGCGAAGGUCGGGUACAUAAUAUUAUUAUAAUUUUUAUUUUCCGGGCCCGUUUUCAGACCACAGGUCCGCCGUGUGUCAGCAGUACACGGCUCCACUAUACUAUCCACGGCCGUGCGUUUUCGUCUUGUCCGUUGACCGCCGAGCGAACGCGACAGCCAGACGUUUUAUUGUUUUUCCGCAUAUAUAAUAUACGGAUCGACGUAAUGUCGUUGACGGGUGGUCUGGUACUUUCCGUUCUCGCGGUGGCGGCCGCCGCCGCAUACGGAGAAACCAACGUCGUUUUCGAAGAUUCACUACCUGAACACAUCGAACCGUCGCCGCCGUGGUUGUCCCAGUCCGACGUGUUCCUGCAGGUACAUAGAUCGCGUCGUCGCCGAUGUUGGCGUUCGAGCGCCUCGCGGCACGACGCGGCGCCUCCCGAUCUAGGCGCUCUAGUUGUUGGCGUUUGACGUAAAACAAUUGGCAUUUCAGACGGCGGUGUUGGGUCUGUACAACGCGACGCUCGGCGUGGACAGGUCGCUGACGAACUUGAACGCGGUCGACCACGAGUCCGACCGGAACGUCAUCGUGUCGCCGGCGAGCAUAGCGGCAGCGGUGUCGCUGAUGCUCGUGGGGGCGGGCGGCCAGACCAAGGUAGAGUUGGGCAAACUGUUCGGGAUCGACGAGCACACGUUGUCCAAUUCCACUGACGCGUGAGUAUUAAUAACAACACUAUUGUAACAGUACCGAAAUCCGCUCAUAGAUAACAACACAUUAUAAAGCGUAAUGGGACGGGCCCGGAAGCGUGCGCGAGGGAGAGACAGGAGAGACAGGAGAGGCAGGCGCCUCACCAACGAGAUUUUCCACCGGGAUAUUUUUUAAAAAAACACGCUAAAUUUGAUUUUUUUUUUUUUUUUAAUAUUACACCCUGACGUCCUUUCAAUUUCGUGCGUUGCCACAAACAAGCGGGAUAGCUGUGGAGGAUUUCGACCGUCCGUAAACUCAGCCGAGCCUUUCAAAAUAAAGUCCUCGUCAAGUAUAUGCUUAAGAUGCCCAUACACAAUCCGUUCAACGGGGGCUUAAGCUCUCUCCGAAAAUAUUUGGACCGUUCGAUUUUCGUGUAAAGUUUGAUUUCGACGAUCAAGCUUAUGGAUAAGAUACUACGGCCCAGGGUCGCAGGCCUACCGUAUAAAGAUGACCCGGGAAUAAUUACUUUACCGAUCCUGAAAGAUACGAAGCGGUCCCGUUUCAACGUAACAUUUUAUAUCGCCAAUAUACUUUCCCGUGUAACAGUCUUCACCGACUAUACCGAUACGUCUUACUGCAGCCUCCGGGAUAAAUAAUAAACCCCUAAAUAGCCUAAUGCGGUCCCCGACGGCUCAUUAAAGGCCACUUGAUAACGUACAAAAACCCCUGCUUACUUAUCACCGGCCGGGCUGGAUUAAGGGUGGAGCUACGGGAGUGCGGAGCUGUAACCCCGGGCCGCGUAUCAAAGGGCGCCACAAUUUUUCAUCUUUUUAUUCUUUUUCGAUUUGUACCGAAUUCUGAGUGUGGUAAAGAAGCUGUUCGUUUUACACGAUAUUUUUUAUCCCAUAUCUUAAAAGAUACGGAUUGUUUGCCCGAUGGAACGUUAUUUGAAACGCUCAUCAAAAUGUUUAGUAAUUCACACCUUAGGUUCUUCUUUUUUUUUUUUUCUUUAAUGAAUUUACUAAAAUAUGAUGACUGCCUUCAAUAUUAAAUAGUUAGGAAGGUAGGUCACAUUAAGUUAUUUAAUUUAUAUCUGUAUGAGUAAUGAUAAACCAUUGUUAACGAAAAACGAUUCAGAUUGAAGUUCGGUUAUACUACAUAUUUUGAAAGGCCGUAAUAUUUACUGUUUUCGCUAAAAUUUAACACUAAAGUUCUUAUAAAAAAAAAUUCUAUAUUACUCAUUUUUUUUUUCAGCACAAUAAUAUACGACUUAUAAUGAACUUCCUGUUAAAUUGUCAAGCAUUUUUUCUGAUUAGUCCAACAAUUUUAUUCACAGAAUACAUACUAAAUAAAAAUUCACACAAUUAAUAUAUCUAUAAAAUAGCUCAAAUGUUUAGAAAAUUUGAUCACUUUUAGAAAAUCAAAUAAACAUUGUCUGUCAAAAUUCCAAGUCUUAACGAAUAUGUUUAACUGAACUACAUAGAAAACUAUAUAGAAAAUCAAAAAACGACUUUUUUGGUCACCAAGUAGAUUGAAAAUUCAACAAAAAAGGUCCCUUGUUGUUUGUUUUUCUAUUGGAGCAAUAUUUCAAUAUUUCUGGUAGAAAAAGGAAAUAGUAAAAAUUUGAAAUAAUGAAAUCGCAAUGCCGUUAAUUUAUCGGUUUUUGUUUUUCGUAUUUUACCCAAUUAUUAUGAACACUGCUGGGGGCAUCGAAAAAUAACCACCUCAGUGCACCAACUAGAUAAAAUUCCGUUUCGGAAAAAAUGUUACACUCGAUACAUCAGAGCAAGAUUUCCGGUAGAAAAGUUGCUCACAGACAAAAAAAAAAGAAAUUACCUAUCCGAAUUUUUUAAAAAAAAAACACGUGGAACAGAGUUUAUAGCAACUCUCAAACUAUGACUAUGAUCCGGUCCUGAAUUCAGACCAGUCUCUUAUAGGCUAUUUCACAGGUUAACAGAACAACUGAAUAUCAGUUUAUCCAAGGGUUUGUUAGACUCGAUCAGUCAUUUACUCGGGCCAUUACGUUCACUUAUCCCCCUCGACCUCAUCGUACCCGCAGAUUUGCCCGGUUUAUUUUUAUCGUCGGUGGCCAUUGGUAUGUCGUGAUAUUUUAUAUUGGGCAAGCGCUAAAGUAUAUAACUUCAAACUAAAUCUUUUUUAAAAAAAAAAUAAAGUAUUUCAUUGGUGGAAAUUGCAAUUUAAAAUUUAUUUAUAGGUAAAUUCCUUUUGUCUUUUUUGUUUCAUAAAUAUAUUAAUAAUUAAAAAAAACUGUCCUAGGAUAAUGGAGAUGGGUGCAGCCACUGUUCGCAAUAAUAUCGAGCCGGGCAAUCUAAAAUACGAGCGUAUCUGCAAAAAAAUUGCCUAUAAAAAAAAAUAAAUUUAAUUUCUUGUUUUAAGUAGAAUUAAAAAAUUGAUUUUAUAUAUUCGAUAAAGACAAUGAACAAAUAGUGCUAAUUUUAAUAUAUCGCGUUGUAAUUUAACAUAAUAAUACAUUUUAAACGUUUUCUUCCUUUUUGGCCGGACAUAUACCGCCUACCUAGCUGUCCCGACGGCACGCCACUGCCACCGGUGGUCUAUGUAUAAAUUAAAGGAUACAAGGAGAAAACCAGAAAAGUCAUUUUUUUUUUCCGAUCUGAGAAAAACUCGUUUUCAAUUUCAAAACGUGACGACUUUUUUUUUUUCUUUAUACAAUGUUAGAAAGUCCUGGUUAAAUUGUCCGGUUAUCAGUUGACUUUUCCGGUCUUUUCCCGUACCCUUCCAUAUCGUACAGUCCGAAUCUGGACGCUGCCGUUUAAGAACUCGCGUGUUUUCAGCGACGACAGCCAAAACUUCAAGAAACUGGGAACGCUGUUGAACGGCUACCGAGACGACGGAGACGCGCCGGGCGGCGCGCACGCGAGCCUGGCCAAGGCGGUGUUCCUGCCGCGCGGCCACCCGCAGCUGUCAUUGCAGUACAGGACGGCGGUAAAAGAUUAUCUCAACGGCGAAUUGAUAAACGUCGACUUCGCGAUGAACGGGCCGGAGACCAUCAACCGGUACGCCAUUUUCAUCCAACCGUCCGUACGGCGCGCGGUGUACAACUACCGCGCAUACGGCUACGGUUACUACGGACGCGAGUCCGGACGAUAAAUCUGUUCCGACGACUGCGUUCGGAAAAAAUCAAACCCGUUUGGACGCCGAACUGUUUCUGACGACGUCGUGCGUGUUCUGACGCGUUCGUCGCGGCCGGCAGUGUAAACACUCUCGUAUUGGAAAACACGCGUUUGUUAGUCCGGAUGAAUUCGUCAGUACACGCAUCCGUUAUAAUGGUAACCGUAGCCUAAUGCGAGCCGCGUAGAGUUCGGCCGAAGCGAAACGUAACGCGUAGCACUUUGCGGUUUACGACCCGACCGUCGUCAUAUAAUAUUAGCAGCAGACCCGGAUUAAGAGGGAGGGGGGGGGGGGGGGGUUAUAUCGUGGGCCCCUGACCUUGGUGAGCAUAGUACGUUUAUAGUAAUUAUUAUUAUUAUUAUUAUUCGUGUUAUCGUAAUAUUGUCUAUUUUUAGCGGGAUGAUCAAUGAUCAUUGAUCACGGUAAUAGGAAAUGGGAAUACUGUCGAUCGACCACUGAAAUAUAUUUAUUUGAGAGUCAUCGAUAUUUUUAUUAUGUUUAUGGGCCCCUAAAAUUGUUUGGCCCCAGUCCCAAAAUCAUCUUAAUCCAGGCUAUGAUUAGCAGGGAGGAUUUUCAGUAGCGUUUUCCAAAUAGCAAUUUCCAAAAUGCGAAUGUAGGAAGGAACCGAAAAGAAAAGAAAAAAAGUCGAUUCUGGGAACGGGUGCGGAAACCGUUGUAUAGGUGGCAAGUCGGUAAGGCGGGAUACAUAAAGUUGUUUGAUUUACGUUCGCCCGCAACGAUAAAUCAUUGCAAUCGAAAAAAUGAUUAGGAAGCGAAAUUCGAAAUUUUAUUUAGGGUUAUGUUAGAGAUCAAUGCAAUUGUUGUUUUCAAAUAACUAGCGUUAGCACAUUGCAGUAAAAUGUUGACUUUUUAUAAACAUAAUUUAAUCUUUUAGAUAAUAAAAUUGAUAUCUUAAAUACCAAAGUACCUAAUUAUAACAUUUAAAUAAGAUAUAAGUACUUAUUAAUGACAUUCUCUAAUUUCGUUAAAAUCUCUAAGGAAUUGCCUUUCAAUAAAGCGUGCAAUUGUGCGGGUGUAGCGGUGUGCCGCCCUAAGGGGAACAAGGGCGCACCGUACCGUCUCCGCUGAGGCAUCCCUGAUCCUCGCCGGGACGCCCCCGGGUGAUCUCGAAGCCCUCGAGAGAACCAGGAUCCGAGCGAGAACUUCAGCUGACGAGCCGUCCCCGAGUCGACAGUUUGGAGAGAGGAUUUGUCGGGAGCGCCUGGACAGAAGCGACUGAUCUUUGAUAUCCAGAAAUGGACUGGUAGGAAUGUGUGGGCCGGUAACGUUCCGUUUUACCUUUAGAUCCGGGAGGUCCUCGGGAUACCUUGGAUCGAUGUUGUGCGGCCCCGAAGAUCUGCGUAACGACCACCCUCUGGCAGAUCGAUAUAACGGAGCGAUAUAUUGUUAUAAGAAUCCAAAAAGCAGAUUUGAAUUUAGCGUGAAAUACAUGAGAUCGGUAGAGCCCAUUUUUUUUUUUUAAAUUUAGUUUUAGUUCUUUUAUUCUUUUCCAAAUACAAUUUUUGGAAAUUAGUUUCCGUUUUCGGACCCGUUACGUUAAGUGUAGGACACUGUCACGCUAUGCGUUUGGCCGCAUCCGGUAUGGCGCCAAAAUGUCUACUAAUUAUUUAGUUUAUUUUAACCACAUUAUAGUGCGGUAAAAACACAAAAAAGUGUACAACAAUCGUUUUAGAUGAUGUUUAAAAAUAUAAUCAUUUCCGGGUGUGAUUUAUAGAAUCAUUAGUAAUUCAUGACCAAAUUCAAUUAUAAAACGUUAUAAUGACUUUAUUAAUAAAAAAACUAAAAAAAAAGAAAGAAAAACAAUUUUUAGGGAUCAACGAAAACAACUAGAGAUGUGAAAUUUACCAGUAAAAUUCGGUAAAUGUUUUGAUUAGAAAUAAAAUAAAACAUUUAAAUAAUACCCGUAUUAAUACAGGUGAGUAAAAUACUACUCCAAAGUUAAUACGAAGUACAAAAUUUGUAUUAUGUUCCUAGUUACACUUAGGUAUUUAUUAGAACAUGGACUACAGUGUUAUACACGGUCUCGUAACCUUAUGAAUAGCAUGAAAUAUUUUUGUUAUCAAGCAUUAGGUAUUUAGCAUUUUAUUAUGCAGUUAUUACUUAUAAUAUUGUUAUUAAUUAUUAGGUAGAUACACAGGCGUGACUAGACUAGACUUCAUCCGCAGCGGUAGCCUGGCUAAUGAACAACGCUACUUAAUGAACCAAAAAAAUCUUCUUUAAAUAGGGCGGAAAGUUAAAUAUGCAUAUAGUUUUAAAAAAUUCUGUAUUAUCUAUUUAUAAUUAAUAAUGUACAAUAUUUUCAGUACCUUUUAAUUUAACUACAGAUUACACCGCCAUAUAGUUAAGUAAUUAACAAAAUAUGUCUUGGUAUCUAGAAUAACAAAAAUGAUAGAGUGAUAGAGAAUAAUGUUUUGUUAUAAACAGUACGUAAGAAUUUUUUUUUUUUUUGAAUAAAAGUUACAAGCUACUAGACAUAAAAUUUGGUUAACGCAUUUUGAAAAUUUCAGGGGCAGCCCACGUCCGUAGACAUACCUAUGGGUGUUGUAGACACCCAUAGGUUAUAGAUACCUAUCUACAAUUUUAAUGAUAAACAAUUCGAAUAAAACAAGUAUAAAUUAUAAGUUAGAGUAUACAAAAAAUAACAUUUUAUUUGUUUUGUUGCUGUAAUGUUCUAAACCUUGAAUAAUAAAUAAUAAAUGUGAUUGAAAAAUUUGUGACAGUAUCAGUUACAAAAAAAAAAAAUAGUGUACGCUAAAGACGAUGUUUAUGUAGAAAAAAAUUAUGCGUUUUUGUAACAUUUACCCGAAAAAUUUAACGAGCUCACAUCUCUUAUGAGAACUGCCUCUCCACAGUGGCUCAUAGUUAGCCCCAAAUGGUUCUUAAACUAUAAUUUAGAUAGGUACUUAAGUAGAAAACGAUGACGAUGAUUUUGAUUUUAGAGAGCCUGUGAAAAAUAAAAAAAGUCCUGGGGCCUUUUACUUCCAGAACCUGAUUAACCGAAAUAAUGGCCAAUUGCUCAAUCCAUGUCAGGGUUCUAAUUUAGAUAUUUACACUAUUUUAGAGUACUCUGUAAUUAACACUACCUUUCUCUCUUCAAAUAACAUUCGACAUAGUUCACUAAGUAUCUUCAAUAUAUCUUACUGCUACUUGUAUAUUUUUUUUUUUGUACCACUUGAUUAAAUUUCACAGAAAUAUUGAUUCUGAAGUCCACUUUUAAUAGUAAUAUUGUUUAAUGUUUACCCAAAAAAUAUAAAUAGCACAUUAUUUUUAAUUCCAUCCCAUAUAAUUGCUUAAUACUGUUAUAUUAUUUAAUUAAAUAGAAAACACAUCAAAUUAUGAAAAAACUCAUGACAAAUUUUAUGAUUAUUCGAUAAAUAUUUGUGAUAUUUAAUCUCAAAUAAAACACAAUUACAAAUUAAUAUUAUUAAUAUCAAAUAAAUAUACAUAAAAAUAAUAUUUAAACUCACCCAGCACCAGGCACCCACCAAUUUUCUGAGGGGUCAGUUGACAUCCAGUAUGCGCCAUCGCGUCUGACAUUCACUUUAAGAACUUCAUAGAUUUUAUGGGAAUAAGCCAUCGGAGAAAAACAAGAAAUUGUUAAAUAAGAAAUAAUGGUCCUUCGCAUUUAGAUUUUAAUGUAUCAUAAAAAAUAUUUUUACAAUGUUGGUUGUUUUUAGAACAGUUGGGUGUCUGUUCAUACGCGCGGGAAAAUCAACGACAUCAUGCAAAACACUCCGCCACCAGACACCAAAGCGGUGGUCGUGAGCGCAUUGUAUUUCACUGGCGAAUGGGAAACCCCAUUUUUCGCAAACUACACUAAACCGUGAGUCACAAUAACCACAUUUACUAAUUAAUAGGGCUUGAACUUUAUUGCAUUUACAUGUUUUAUAUUAUUUAUUACAUUCAUUGCUAAGGUACCAAGAUAUCUCUAUUAAAGUAUGCAGAAUAAAUGUCAACAAUAUAAAAAGACAAAUGUAUAUUUUUUAUUUGUUUAGCACGUCAUGAUGCAUGCAUAAAUACAUAUAUUUUUGGUAGUUCAAGCACUACUAAUUAAUAACAAUAACAAUAAUAAUCAUAAAAUAUAGCAAUUUUCACGUAUUAUAGAAAACCGUUUUACUACGAAUCAAACAGCAAUACGAGUACAAAUAAGAAUCCAAUAUACGUUAACAUGAUGAUUGGCAACAGCGAAGUGUUUUACUACAAAAAUGACGAGUUAAAGUUCAAAGCAAUUGGUUUGCCAUACAAGGGAAACGAAUAUACUGCAUACUUUGUACUCCCUAACGGGAACAUCAGUCUAAGGGGUCUUAUGUCCACCAUAAACGAGAGAACGCUAAAAACCAUAACAGAAUCAACGACGCUCACAGAUAUUACAUAUUUGGUGCCAAAAAUGACAUUGAAAUCAUUUACCAAUCUCAAACCGGUGUUGCAGGUAGACAAUAUUAUUUAAUUUUGGUAAAAGAUCACACUAUAUAGAACUUGUCUAUUGUUGUUAUAUUUUCCUAAAGAUCAGUUGUGUGCUCAUAUUAAAAUUGUGAUUUAUAUUAGAAUAUGAACAGAUAUUUUUAGAAUUUGUUUCAAUAUUAUUAAUAUUUUCAAUAUUAUGAAAUGAGUAGUAAAAAUAUUAACUAAACAAUCAGUCAAUGACAACCAAAAUUUAAUAGAUGUAUAACUUGUGAAGAAUUUCUCAAACUGUAUCUAAAAUAGGAAAAUCAUUUUUUUUUAGACCAUUAAAAUAUUAUAUUAUGAAAUAAAUAAAUUAUAUACAAUUAUUACUCAAAGUAAGUUUCACAACAAAAACAAAAGUUUAAUAUGUUAAUAUAAGCUACAUGCUGUAGUAAACAUCACACAGUUAUCUUUAUUAUGUGGCUAUUGGUCAGUGUUUAUCAGUUAAUUUCUUUUUCUGCAGAAAAUGGAAAUCGACAGUGUUUUCGAUUCAUCAAAAGCCAACCUGUCCAAAAUGGGUUUGGGUUCCGAUUUUUACGUCAGUGAUAUACUACACAAAGUAGAAAUUGUCAUUGAUGAAAUAGGCACUGUUGCAUCAGCGGCCACCGUUGUCACCAUAACCAGAGGAGGUAACCCCACGUUCAACGUAAACAAGCCAUUUUUGUUUUUCAUACAUCAUCGUCUCAGUGAUACAAUAUUAUUUUGGGCAAGCAUAAAUAAGCCCACACCUUAUUUAAUAACACCCCCGGUUUCUGCUAAAACUUUAAAGUCUCAAACUAAAAAUUAGUUGUAAUAUUAUUUAUUUGUUUUUUUUAUUGUAAUCCUAAAUAUUAGUAAAACUUAUGUAAAAUUAAUAUUAUAAGUUAUGUGUUAUGUUUUUUUAAUUUACAACAUAUUGACAUUUUUAUUUCUCUCUAGGAAUACUUUUACUUUUUGGCAAAUGUAAUUUUCAUCGCAUGAGUUGGUGUAAUCUUGAAACCAUUCAAUGACAGUUUGGCAGUGUUUGACUGGUGUUCAUUUUCAAAUUCCACAAAAGCAAUGUCAUGUCUAUUUGGUACAAGUCUCACUUCUUUGAAUCCAGGGAACCUAAAACAUUUUUAUUGAAAACCAUGGACAAUGGUGGUAUAAAAUACAACAAAACUUACUGGUUAAAAAGCAUAGAUAACAUCAUUUCAGUUGUUUCAUCAGGAAGGUUGGUCAAGAAAAGAAUCUGGUUAGGCGGUUGUUCAGGUACAUCUGUUGGAUAACAAAAUAUAUAUUAAUACCAUUUACCCUAAUCAAUAAAAGAUAUUAUAAUUGGUACUUACUACCACCAACCGCGCCUCCAGGGUUGUUUUGUUGUGCCAAAGCACGAGCUUGUUCUUUAGCAGCUUUACGUCUCUUUUUCGCUUCUUCAUCGUCCCUUGGCUUUUUAGGUUUCUUUUGGCGUUCCACAAAAGUACCCUUCAUUUUUGCAAUCAAAUCCGAUUCUGAUUUAGCAAACUGUAUACGCUAUAAUUAAAUUACAAAUAAUUAU